GCAGCGGUAGGAGGUCAGCUCAGACCUGCACUCGCCGACUGCUCUCCUCCCCCAACUUGAGAAAUACUUGUUUUUGCUCAAGUCGUGGUUGCUUAGUUUGUGGUUUCCGUGCGCUGCUUGCACAGCGUGCGCCACUCGGUUCUCUGCUUCUCUUGUUGCUUUGCUUGUCUAAAUCCCUCGAGGCCUUUCCACUUUGCAUCGAUUGCUCUGCCGCUUCGAGGUCAUGGUUUGAGGUUUCCUAGGAUCCAUAUGCACGAGUUUGCGGUACUGUGUGGACUUUGUCGGUAGCUUGAGAGAUUUGGCAUCAGGUGCUUGUUGGUAGUUUCUUGACGUGGGGAGGCGCAGGCAACGGAGAACGUUGGGACGAGCUACCAAGGAAGCAAAACCGCCUCAUGGAUUAGGUUAGGGAGAUGCUUGUGAGAUGUGAGAGUGUUUAAUUGACAUUGUGGGCUCCAACAAGCGAAUGAACGCUUUGAGAAUUGGACACUGGAAUGGAUCUGGUGCACAGCAGGGUGUGAGGCGCAUUGUUUUCUAUCACUCUACAACGGGAGCAUCCUUGGCGGGGGCUUAGAUUCCGUUGCUGGCAUCAUGGAGGAUGCUUUUCGUAACAUGGCCAUAUCCGACCAGAGGGGUCGCAUGCCGGGUGGGAAUGCAAGAAGAGAUAGAAUAGAGCUUGCUGGACCAUCAAGGAGGAGUGAAAGGGCACUUGUUACAGAUGUGCUAGAGGCGAAAGUGGUCGUUGGCUUAGAUUUUGGCACAACUUAUACCGGAUUUGCGUAUAGUUUCAAAAAAUCUGGGGGGAGAGAUAUCUAUACCUUCUACGACUACGCAGCGAUGCCAAAGCCCUACUGCAAAACCAUGACUGUUUUGUACUAUAAGCCAAGCAGGGAGCAUCCUGGCGGGUGGCGGCUUCAGUCGUGGGGCCACCCUGCACGCAUAAAUUUUGAUCAAGACUAUAAAGCACUUCUUAGGUGGGAAUCGUUGAACAACGGGGGAGCGGUAGUCAAUUCUCCAAAGCCCGUUGUGGGAUCUUUCCUCACAAGAUUUAAACUAAUACUGGCAAUGAAACAAGACGCCCCGCCAAUAGUCAAACCCUUGCCGAGCGGUUUGACGGUUGAUCGUGUUAUAACAGAUUAUCUGCGCGAGAUUGGAGGAUUGGUUUUGGCCACUCUCCGGAAAACUUCCGCGGGCCUUACAAAGCAGGAUAUUCAGUGGUGCAUUACAGUACCAUCCAUAUGGGACAACUCCGCCAAAGAAAGAAUGAGAAACUGUAUGAUCGACGCUGGCCUUGUAGACGGCGUUGACGGGAGCCCCCACCCGCUCAUGAUUGUGCUUGAGCCAGAGGCGGCCUCUUACCACUGCUACAAAUACUUGCGAAAUGGCGUGUUAAACACUGGGGACAGGGUUUUAGUGGCAGACAUCGGCGGUGGAACCGCCGAUCUCGUCAUGCAGAAAGCUCUCGAUGUUGGCGCGAAUUACCGGGUUGAAGAAGUGACACGAAGCUCCGGGGGUCUUUGCGGUGGCAUAUACGUCGACUCGGAAUUUCUCUCUUACCUGCAUCGCAGAAUAGGCCCCUGCUUGAAGGAAGUCGCAACUAGGAGCCCAGGGAUCACCCAGCUUCUCUUGAGGAAUUGGGAAACAUUGAAAGUCGGCUUCAGUGGAUCAGGCGAUUCCGUAGAGUUAGACCUUCCUCGACAAUUGGCUGACCAAUGGGAGAAAUACGACAUGGAGAUGGGCUUUGAAAGAAAAGAGGAUUACGGCGAAGUGGUCAUUUCGGACAUAGAUCUGGAACAAAUUUUCAGGCCCGUGGUAGAGAGGAAUCUCAGCCUUAUAGCCGCGCAGCUGGAUCAAGUGAAGGCCCCCGUGAAGGUCUUACUCGUGGUCGGCGGGUUCAGCUCCUCCCUAUACCUUUUGAGGAGAAUUCGGGAAGCUUUCAAGGAUAGAGUGCCGCACAUCUUCAGCCCUGAGAAUCCUGGCAGCACAAUCUGCCAAGGAGCCGUGGCCUUGGCAUUUAGACCUGAAGUCGUUGUUAACAGGAUCUCCCGGGUGACUUACGGGGUAGCAUGCACCCGGAACUUCGAGAAUGGAAUCGAUCCACCCGAAUUCGGUAUAGAGGUAGAUGGGGCACUUAGGUGCGAGAACCGGUUCAGCGUCUUCGUGAAAAAGGGGACUUCCGUGAGAGCCCAGCAGCCGUUCAGGAAGGUAUACCGACCGGUGUUUCAUGGCCAGACUAAGAUGACCUUCGAUCUGUACAGCUCCACCGAAGAGGAACCCAGGUACACAGUAGGCGAUACUGUCAUGAAAGAAGGCACGGUAGAGAUCGACAUAUCCUCAGGUUUAGAGCUUGGAAGAGAUCGUCAAGUGGAGCUUUCUCUCUUCUUCGGCCGCACUAGCAUUGAGGUCAAAGCAGAAGCGAUCAAUUUCGCCAAUUUCGGUGAUCAACACAUCGAUCUCCCAGUUAAAUUCGGGUAUGCUUGAUUAGGCACUGCUGAGGUGGGUAGUGUCUGUCUGUAUUAUAUGUCCCCACCCCUGAAUCAUUUGUUUCACACAUUCUAAUCACAAGGCUUAUCUUCAUGAUCUGAACUGAACUUGUGAACUGCACAACAGAAAUGGUAUCAGGUGUGAACCACGGUACAUGUAAACGUAAGGGAUUAGUUUCAGCGAAGGAGUUGCUUCUGUUCGCCUUUAACUGUUAAAGUAGUCGAGAGGCUGUCGAGUUUAGCAGACAAACGGGAAGCUUUAGAAUUGACGGUGAAGUGACAAGGUUUCAAUGACAAAAUGUGCUUGUUAGAUUGGAUGGAAUGACACCAAUUUUUUUCAAACACGUGAAUCUGAAACCCCUUGUUUACAUUUGCUUAUUUAUUUAUUUAUUUAUUUUAUUUUUA